UCCCUGAAAUGAGUGCUACCACUGGCCAGAUUACAGACAAAUUCAACAGGAUACUUACUAUGCCGUUUAUCGAUCAGCUGAUGGUGACAGAUAUCAACCAAUCAGAGGUCUCGGUCGCUUCCGUUAUGUUGUCCUGCAAGAGGAAAUAUGAACACCUCCAAGGAACGACUGUCGAUACAGUAAGGGACUUGAAUACAUACAGUUUACUUCAAGAGGU